UUUGGUUCUUGAAGAGCUAUUGUUGCCUUCACGUAACCUCUAUCCUGCGCCUUGGGGUCCUCGGACACAUAGAUCAUUCGCAAUAUCGCUUUGUUGACUGAACCCUCAGCAUUUGUCCGGCGAUUCUUUCAGGAUGUCACCAUCUCCUCUGGAACAACGACUGUCCGCCCUUCUGGAGACACGUCGAUCCCAAUCAAAACUCCGCACUUUAAAGUCAAGUCCGUCUGGAUCAGUAGACUUUUCGUCCAACGACUUCCUGUCCUUGUCCACCAACCAGGAGUUCAACGACGACUAUCUCCAAGCUUUGAGCAGAAGCCGGAUACCUCUGGGCUCAACUGGGUCCAGACUCCUCGAUGGUAACUCGCAACAUGCUGAGAAUCUGGAACGGGAGCUCGCGGAGUUUCAUGGCGCUGAGGCUGGACUUCUGGCCAACUCCGGUUUUGAUGCGAAUGUUAGCAUUUUCGCGUUUCUUCCUCGGGAAGGAGAUGUCAUCAUCUACGAUGAAUUAAUCCAUGCCAGCGUACACGAUGGCAUGAGGCAGAGCAGAGCACGGCAGAGAGUACCCUUCAAGCAUAAUGAUGUCGUUGAUCUGGCCCGUGUCUUGCAGAAGUUUGCCUCUGGGGAUUUCAGCGGGACCAUUUUCAUUGCCGUCGAGACGGUCUACAGUAUGGAUGGCGAUCUGGCGCCCUUGACAGAGAUUGUCGAGCUUAUGGAAUCGACCUUUCCACACAGGAAUGCUCACCUCAUAGUGGAUGAGGCGCAUGCCACGGGGCUUUACGGUCCCAACGGCUCAGGAAGAGUCUGCGAGCUCGGCCUCGAGAAUCGUGUCUCCAUCCGUCUGCACACGUUUGGCAAAGCCCUAGCAUGCAAUGGGGCCAUUAUUCUCUGCCCCCCUGUCAUACGCCUCUAUCUGAUCAACUACGCCCGACCCCUAAUCUACACGACAUUUAUGUCCUACCCUAGCCUAAUUGCAAUCAAAACAGCAUAUAGCUGGCUACAAUCGGGGAAGGCAAAUCUACUUGCCGCAAAUCUGUAUCACCUAAUCGACCAUCUUCACACUCAACUUCAGACGUUGGUGGCCGCCAAACCUCAAGCAACGAAAGAGAGUCUCGAAAAUCUCAUCACACUACCGGGUACUUGCCCAGAGUCGCCUAUCUUCGCCAUUCUGAGCUCCCAUCCUCGCUUGUUGGCCGCACACUGCCAGGCUGCUGGAUUUAUUGUGCGUCCGGUCGUUGCGCCGACGGUGCCCGAGGGCACUGAGAGAGUUAGAGUUUGUCUUCAUUCAGGAAACACUAUUGAGCAGAUUGACAAGUUCGUGGCGUGUGUCAGGGAAUGGCUCGAGAAAGCAGUCGUGGGCAUAGGAAUGCAGAACGAAAUCAACAGCCUCAACAAGAGACCUAUGCAACACUCUGGCCAGCGCAGCACCGAAGCCCUGUUACCGGCAAAGAUAUGAGGCUGGCAGGGGACGCUGCCAACGUUAUUUGACCCUCUUAUGGUCAAUCUGCUUGAGACAGAAUAUCUGCUGCCAAUCCCCAGUGAUGAUGGCUUUGGAGAGGAGUAAUAAGAAGCUCCAGGAUUACAGGUUUAGAUGAUGCUUGUGCUUAUUGCAUCAAGCCUAGCACCUUCUGAGAGGAAAGUGCGCGAUCGCUAUAUCUUGGGAAUGCUGAAUAGGGGUGCGGAAAUCCACUAAGAUAUCUUGGACGAAUGACACCGAGAACGAGCAGUGGCCAGCGAACUCUUGCCACUAGUCUGCAGUCGAAGGAGAGCAUAUCUGCCAACAUGUUCUCGUUGAAGGACUUCCGGAACGGUUUUCAUCCUACGGCACUUGCGCAACGAUCUAGCUGCACGCGCCGUGGUAGAGCGGCUGGCCUUUAUGCAGGGUAGGCCGACUAAGGGGAUUUCAGCGACAUCAGUGCUGCAGAUCGUGACAGGCAAGUCCAAUGUCAGUGCGAAAUAUUGCCGCACUAACAGGUAAUCGCGCGGCGAGCGGCGAGUUCGGGGAGUAUAUCUCGAUGGAGGGCGCAGAUUCGAACAACAAGAAGAAGUCGUCAGCAAGCCUUGGAUGAAGAUGUAGAGGCUCUAGGGACGCAAAGGAUCCCGGGAUUGCAGACAACGACCGACUGCAUAGGUCACUGUAGGAGUGGGUGGUGGGAAGGCGCCGCUUGUCAGUACUACUGGAGUUUGAUAUAAAGCUACAGUAGCGAGUAGAUUUGUCCUACUAUUGCCAGAAAGCGGCUGGAAAGACGAAUAAAUACUAG